CACACCCGUACACUAACUAGACUACAACCUGCUUUUGGACGACGCCCCACAGCCCAUGAGAUUUCCACCGUGCGGACGCACAGCAGAGCCAAGUCCAUCGAGCGUCGUUGCCACCCGAGAGGAAAUCAUUGGGGUCUUAUUAUUACCGGGCUGUGCGUGCAGGCUGCCCGCGGCAUCACCUCAGUAAUAACAAGAGGGGUGCCAGCCAGGAGAAGGAGAACAGGAGGAGGAGGAGGAAGAGGAGGAGGAGAGGAAGGGGUGUUAGAGUAACCCGAAAUUGACGCUCAGAAAUAAACAAGAAGACACCGUGUUUGGAAGACGUCUGCGGCGGGAAAGGCAAUUGAGAUGGAUGAGGUGUCACAAGAGGAGAGACUCCAGGCCAUCGCUGAGAAAAGGAAGAAGCAGACAGAGAUUGAAAACAAAAGGAGGCAGCUGGAUGAUGACCGACGGCAACUCCAGCAUCUCAAGUCGAAGGCACUGAGGGAGCGUUGGUUGUUAGAUGGAGCUCCAGCAGAAGAGGAGACUCAGAAGCGUCUCCAUGAGGAGGAAGUGAAGACCAAACUCCUGGAGCAGGUCAUCCUCAGGCUGGAGCAAGAGAUUGAAGAACUGGAGACAGGGGAGCCAGCCAAUAAGGGUGUGGCCAAAGAAAAUGGGGGUGAGAAUGGAGUAGUGCAGACCUCUGGCCAGACCCCCAAGAGAGAGGUGACAGGCAUUGAGGCCAAGCUGUUGGGUCCCAGUCCUGACCAAGCUAGUGCAGACAACCCCGUCACCCUGGUGUUCAUGGGCUACAAGACCGUUGAGGAGGAGCAGGAGACCCACACAGCUCUGGGAAUGGAAGGGGUGGACGGCAAUGUUAAGGCUGAGUUUGUUGUGAUCGAGGAUGGGGAGGGUAAAGCGGCAGGAGAGGCAGCCACAGAAGAGCAGGCUCCACCCAAUGGGAGCAUGGCAGAGAAAGAAAAGGCCAAUGGUGGCGGAGAGGAAGGAGAAAAGGAAAAGGAGAAGAAACAGACCUGCAAAUGCUGCACGGUCAUGUGAGCUCCAUGUGUGUAUGUGUGGUUGUUUGUGUGUGUGGGUGAGUACGCACAUGCACCUCUGCAGGCGUGUGUGUCAUUGCAUGUGUCUGUAUUUACAGAUGUGUGUCCAUUUUCGUCUGUGUGGGAGAGUGU